AUGCAGUGGACAACGGAUCUGCGGCGAAACUCAGACCAACCAUCUGAUAUUGACAAUCAAUUAGUGAUGAAACUCAGACCGACUAAGAAAAUUACCAAACAGUCCCGGAAAUCCUACUUACAAUGGAAAGGAUACAUAUUCAUAAGUAUCAUUGUGUCUACUGGUGAGAAUUACAACAGCUUGAUUCUAUCGAAAUCAUCAGCGAUCGUUGAAGGACUUGAAGAACAACCAAUAGAAUUUUCCAAAGAAAAAGUUAAACUUGUUGAAAUAGCAUUGCAAAGCUCAACUGUUCCCUUUGUUGAUGAAGAAUGGCCUUCAUUGACUUUAAAGUGA